AUGCCAUUCCAUUUCCAAGUUGCCUGGAGUACUCACCCUUCCUUCAAGCAAGUUGUACAAAAUGCAUGGAGUGGUAAUAAUCAUAGUAUCUUUACAAAUUUAAAUGCUGUUAAGCAAGGGUCCUUGGACUUUAAUGCUAAGGUCUUUGGUAAUAUUUUUGCUAAGAAGAGGAAUUUAGAGAUUUGGAUCAGCGCCAUGCAAAAGAGGUUGGAGGUGACUGAUGUUCUUUCAUUAAGGAUUAAAAAAAUGGAACUUAAUGAAGAUUAUAACUGCAUCUUGCUUCAGGAGGAGUUGUUUUGGUUUCAAAAGUCAAGAGAACAAUGGGUGCGGUUUGGUGACAGAAACACCAAGUUCUUCCACCUUCAAACAUUGGUUCGUAGGAGAUUUAAUAAGAUUAACGAGCUAUUUAUUUCUGAUGGUUCCUGGUCUACAGAUUCAGAAAUUCUUCAACAAGAGGCCACUUCUUUAUUUAAGAAUCUCUUUUGUUCUACGGAGGAGGUAGAAGUGGAUUGCUUGGGAGACGUUACUUUGCCUUGUCUUAGUGCUGAAGCUUGUGAGACACUUACUGCUCCAGUGACUCUUGCUGAGGUUAAAGCAGCAGUGUUUAGCACGAACUCCUUUAAGGCUCUAGGUUCUGAUGGCUUUCAGACUUAUUUCUUUAAGGAGUAUUGGGAAAUUGUAGGAGUGGAUAUUUGGCAGCUUGUGAAAAGUACUUUCAGGGGUAAUCUUAUUGAUACAAGAAUCAUGGAGACUCUUAUUGUGCUUAUCCCGAAGGUAGAUGUUCCAUCUUAUUUCAAGGAUUUUCGCCUAUUAGUUUGUGUAAUGUGGUCUAUAAGGUCAUCACAAAGAUUAGACAGUUUUGCUCCUAGAAGAGGCCUUCAACAGGGAGACCCCAUGUCUUCCUACCUUUUCAUUUUAUGUAUGGAGCGCCUAGCUGGGUACAUUGCUAAUCAGGUUGAUUCGGGCCUUUGGGAUCCAGUGGCAGUGACUAGGGGUGGUCCUAGAAUUUCUCAUCUCAUGUUUGCAGACGAUCUUCUUCUUUUUUGUAAAGCACGAAAAUCUCAGGUAGUAUGUGUUAUGCAUGCCCUCCAAAGCUUCUGUAGAGCAUCGGGGAUGAAGAUUAAUUUGGACAAAUCAAAGGCCAUGUGCUCUAAGAAUGUUAAUAAUAGAAGGAAGGAGCUUUUCACUGGUGUCUCUUCUAUCCGUUUUACCCAAGACUUGGGUAAAUAUCUUGGAGUUAAUCUUCACCAUGCCAGAGUUACUAGAGCCUUUUUUAAUGGUAUUGUGGAUAAGAUCAAAGGUAGGCUGGCUAACUGGAAGGGCAGACUUCUCAAUAGAGCCGGCAGACUUUGUCUCAUUAAUUCAGUAGCAGCUUCCAUUCCAACUUAUCGAAUGCAGGUAUCUUUGUUCCCUUCCGCUAUAUGUGAUAAGAUUACUUCUCUGUGGAAAGGAACAGUUGAUGGAAGGGGUUUAAGUCUGACUAAUUGGAAUACAGUUGUCACCCCAAAGAAAUUUGGUGGGCUUGGCAUUAGAGAUACGGCUUGCGCUAAUGUUGCUCUGAUAGAGAAGCUAAUUUGGCAGCUCUUUAACUGUCUGGAGAAGCUUUGGGUCCAACUGAUUUUUCAUAAAUACCUCAAAAAGUUUGAUACUAGUCUCUUUAUGCCUCCCAGAAAUGCAUCUCAUGUAUGGAGGAGUAUUUGCAAGGCCUUUAAUCUUUUAAGAGAUGGUUUCACAUGGAAUAUUGGUCCUCUUAACCAAUCCUUUUGGUUUGGAAAAUGGAGGAUGGAAGGUCCCUUGGCCAAGGAAAUGCCGUAUGUUCAUAUUUCUGAUUUUGAGUGUAAUAUCAGUGAUUUUUGGGAGGAUGGACAGUGGAAGCUUGAGAGGUGCCACACUCCCUUACCUGACCUUGUUAAACAGAGUAUUCUUUUGUAUAAUCCAGAUUGUCAAAUGGGUGAAGGGGCUGGUUGGAGGUGGUCAGCAACUCCUUCCAAUAUUUAUUCUUCUAGAAAUGGCUACUUGUGGCUUUGUAAGCGUGUUUUCGGUUGGGAGGAGCAGACCAAUUGGCUUUGGUUAUGGCAGACCCGAGUUCCCAAAAAAGGUUUGGGCAGCUCUGAUUUGUGCCCUCGGUAUAAUGCUGAACCUGAAACGAUUUCUCACUGUCUUCGCGAGUGCCCCAAGGCCAAAGCUAUCUGGCAUAGUUUGAAUUUGGAAGUUCACGGUCAACAGUUAGAUUGCUGGUUGCGUAGUGGCAUGAAUUCCAAUGCCUUCCUCUUCUCGGCGACUAUUUGGUGGAUUUGGAGGGAUCGUAACAAUGUUUUUAAUCCAGCUAAUCCAUGGAGAAUGGGUAAGGUUAUAGCUCUCAUUCAUGCUUCUCAAUUUGAACUUCAUAAGUUCUUAUCUAUACAUCAUGUGUCUACUCCUUCUUAUUUGCUACUUUCUUGGUCUCCUCCUACCCAAUUUUCGGUUAAAGUAAACUGUGAUGCUAGUAUAUUUGGUGAAUCUGUUGGUUUUGGGUGUGUAUGCGUGAUUAUAAUGGCUCUUGAUUGCGCGGUUGUGCUGGUUCUUUACCACAUGCUACUAUUCUUCGAAGCGAGCUUUUUGCAAUUUGGAGAGGGCUAA